AUGGACACCUUACCACUGGAGAUCAUCUUGCACAUCUUCAAGUUCCUCACGAAUCACGAAAAAGGGAUCGCCGCAAGAGUGUGUUCUACAUGGAAGGACAUUAUAGACGACAGAAGUUUGUGGAAGAAAAGCAAGAUCGUUAUCUUCAGGCCUAUGGAAACGUGUCAUCUCGAAGUCAUGCAGAGACGUGACAUACGAGCAUUGAGUAUCAGAUGUAAAAUGCAAACUUAUAAUUUCAUGAUGUUAAUGAGAACUGUUUUGAAUUUCGAAUAUUUGGAUAUUUCAGGAAACGUAUGUUUAUCCGACUAUACUGUAAAUUUGGGUUUAUUAUAUGGCGCAAGAAAAUACAUGAAUAUGCGUUAUUUGGAUAUAAGUUAUUGUAGUCAAAUCAGUGAUUAUACCUACGUAUAUUUGUUUAAAAGUAUGCCCAAUUUAUUACAAUUAAAUGUAUCUGGUUGUUCUAGAAUAACUAACCAAGUAUGUAGUGUUUUCCCAAAAAAUUUAAAAUGGUUGCAAAUAAAUUCGACGUACAUUACAGAUACAUGCCUUAUUGCUAUAGGGAACUCUCUCCCUUCACUCGAAGAACUCUACGCUGGGAAUAUCGGUUCUAUUACAGACGAUGGUGUGAUACAUGUUGUUAAAAAAUGUCAAUUGUUGCGAAAAUUGGAUGUGAAUUUGUGCGAAAAUAUAACCGAUGCAAUAUUUCAGACUAUAGCGCAAUAUGGCAGGAAUUUAACUUUUUUAAAUGUCUGUAUGAUUCCAUUGAUAGAUACAAAUAAUGUUAAAGGUGGUUUUCGUAACAAUAAUUUUAAAAACGAUGUCACUGUCGUGUAUGGUUAUGAAAAUGUGGGAGGAACUCAAAUAUAUGUUGUGAAAAAAUAA